CUUUUUUCCUGUUAAAUUGGCGUCCAUAAUCACAUCGAACCCAGUUAACUAGAAGGCCUAGCCAGCUUAACCCAAAUCGAUUUUUUUUUUUUUUUUCUCCCCCCUUACUCGUUAGGAAUCCAAACGGUAACGACCUAUAAAUAUUGAAUCGCCCAGUACGAUUUAUUGGUUUCAGUCCGAGUUUCACUGUUUGCAAACUCUCUGUUUUCAAAUUCCAUUUUCACGGCGUAUUUUCCAGAAAUCUCAUAAAUAGUUUUACUUUCUUGUUGUUUUGCUUGGUUUAGUUACAGAGAAAGACGACCAGUUUGCAUAGUUGAGAUUUUGACAGUGAUACAUGUACGGAACAAUGCAGAGAGUUGGAUGGCGUUUUGAGUUGCAUUGCUUAUUGGUAUUGGUUGCAGUGUUUCAGGCACUUAAAGCUGCCUCGAUUGUGGUACCAAGUUCCAAUUGCUACGCCUUCGAUAAUUCUAGUCGCAUUGUGGAUUUUACGAGCUGGAUUGGACACGCUUUUGAGUAUGAUGGAGGGAUCACCGAUUUGGUGGUUCGAUUUUGCAAAGAUGUUGAGAGUAGAUCACAAUCGGGAUAUGUGGAUUUUGGUCGAUUUGAUAAGUUCAGCCACUUUGAAGCUGGUUCAGGACAAAUCGACUUUGUUCAAGGCUUUUACAAUGGUGAUCUGGCAAAUUGUGAGCACAGUUAUGAUAAAUUGGGGCGAACAUCUCAGGUAAAUAUAAUAUGUGGAAAUUGUUUAAGUGGAGAUUGUAGAGGUGGACUAGGAUGUAUUUGCAACAUUACCUACCACUCAACUUGCAGAGUCUUUGUUGAACUCGCCAUUCCGUGUGAGAAACCAGGCCCACGGGUUUUUAAGGGCUUCACUGUUGGUUUUCAUCCACGAUCAUGGGAAAUUGUCUAUAAUGGCAUGACUCAACUAGGAUUUGAAAAGUCUCACCACGAGUUCAGCUUCUCGACUGAACAGGAUGAUGUAGUCCUGUACAUGACUGCAAUUGCCUCACUUUCCACGUUGGUACAAAAACCUGUUGUUAAGGUUUUUCCAGACACGGGGCUGGAGGUUAGCAUAUCAGGCUCAGGGGCAUCUGGGAAUCCUCCUACAACUUUGUCACCCACAAUGUUGAUAAUAGAUUGGAGAUGUGAGAGAGUACGCGAUACUCCAUAUGAAGUUAAUGUUACUAUUCCUGUAGAAGGUUAUGAGCCCAUUCAGUUUAUUCUUUCAAAAAUGUGUGAAUUCAGGCAGGGUAAAGGUGGAGAUGCGACAAGAGGAUGGGCUGUAUUUGGAGUGUUAUCUUGCAUACUUGCUGUGUCAUCUACACUGUUUUGUUGUGGAGGGUUUAUUUACAAGACUCGAGUGGAACGGCAGCAUGGGAUCGAUGCCUUGCCAGGCAUGACAAUUUUAUCUGCCUGUCUAGAAACUGUGAGUGGAGCAGGGCAAAGUUACGUGCGAGCCGAAGAUUUAAACAAUGCUUUUGCCAGUGAAACCUCUUGGGAACGCCCUUCUGUUUCUGCUCAAGGAACAAGGAGACCAACUGAAAGAAAAUAUGGUGCAAUAUAAAUUUUCUAUGUACUUUGACAUCCCAAAUUUUUUUUCAGAAAGAAACAACAGAUAUCAAACGAGAAACCGGAGGAUGAUAAGUUUUACGAGCUCAUGUAAAAUCUCUGUAGUUCAAAUUCAUAGUAGAAGAUUGUAGUUCAGCAUUUUAUUUUUUUUAAUUUAUCAAAAAUUUUUAGUUUGCUAUCA